UAUGUAAAAUAAUUGCCAGAGUUACUAUGUUCAUUAGCUCAUUGAGUCCAGAUGUUAUAAAAUGGCCUACUCAACAGCAAAACCUAGAAUCAAGCGAAUUUUUCAACCGUACAUGCUACUUUUCUAAGGCAAUAGGUUGCAUUGAUGGAACCCACAUCCAAAUUGACCCACCAAAGAGAUCAAAGGACGAUUACAUAAAUAGGAAGGGAAUUACGUUUAUAAACAUUUUCGUGGGAUAUCCUGGUUCUAGUCACGACAGUUGGGUUUUACAAAACUCCACUAUUUAUGAUAAGUUGCCGUCGUAUUGUGGAGAUUACUACCUUUUGGGUGAUUCUGCAUAUCCCUGCAAGAAAUAUUUAGUAACGCCCUACAGAGAUAAUGGGCAUUUAACAAAUGCCCAAAAAUACUUUAAUUUAAAUCUGAGCUCUGGACGUAUCGCUAUAGAACACUCGUUUGGCAUGUUGAAACAAAGAUUCCGUCAGAUAUAUUAUUGUAAGCUCAGAGGAAUGGAAAAACUUUGCCACUUCAUUCGAGCCUGUUGCGUUUUGCACAAUAUAGCUAACGAAGAUGAUUUGGAUUUUAUUUGCGACACAUCUCCAGAUGUUACUGAUGACUUCACCGCUCAUGGCGACAUUUCAAGGGGGAAUCAUGUGCGAGAUCCUAUAUGCCAAGAGAUAGAACUUCGUCGUAAUACAUAG